AGAGUCUGGACACGGGCUAGCUACAGUAUUAGGAUAGCAUGCGGGAGUCGAUACACGCCCUUCGUUGUAACGUCUUGUGCCUCCAAGGUAUAUACCCAGAGCAAGCACAUCUUGUCGAGGAACAUGAGGGGAAAAUUAGAGAUGACCAACUAUUCUUUGACAGAAGCUGCUGAAUGGAGUCUUCUAUAUAUCUUGCUGCACCAUUUCCCAUCUCACCCAAAUUUCCCUGUCCCCCCUAUUAUAAGGGUGUCAACAAUUUCGCAUUACUUUGAUUUUCCGACAACAGUU